AGAAAAGAACUUCAGUACGUGCGCCAGAAGAGUGCCAUUUUGUCUACAUUUGCGACCUUUCUUCAUACUAGCUCCAUUGUGGCAUGUUUUAUCUCCCUGACGACCCUAAUCAUCACUGGAGUUGAGCUCAGCACCUACAACAUUUUUAUGGUGCUCGCGUUUAUCAGAACCAUUCGCUUGUCUGCCUCAUCAACUUUUGCUGCUGGUGUAAACUUCAUAGGUGCUGCAGCUGGUUCGCUUGGGAGAAUUCAAUCGUUCCUAGAACUCGAAGAAACGGUUUACUCCGAGGGAAGCUACAGUAGAAAGAGAACACGCUCUAAGAUUCGAUCCUUCUUAGAUCUGACGGAUGCGGAAAUGUCCGAGUACCUUUCCAACGAGGACUUGACUAAGAUCUCCAACGACAUUAAAGUCGGAAAGACUGUUCCUCAAUAUGAGCCCGCACUCAUCAAGCAGCAGUCUCUCGAUAUCGCGGAUAAUCCAUCAGGUGAUCUCCACGUAACCUUUGAAAAUGUAUCCUGUUAUUGGGGAAGUGGGAAUAGAUCAAUAGCAUUGAGAAAUGUAACAUUUGGGACCACCGCUAAAGAACUGACCCUUAUUAAUGGUCCAGCGGGAUGUGGGAAGUCCUCUCUCCUUGCGGCCAUUCUUGGGGAACUCCCUCCAACUGAGGGACAGAUCUCAAGCGUCGGAAAGAUCGCAUACGUGCCACAGACUCCAUGGGUGUUUAGCGACACCCUAAGGGAAAACAUUGUAUUUGGAAAGCAAUAUAACCCGUUCAGGUAUCAAGCUAUAGUCAAUGCCUGUAACUUGCAAAAGGACAUCGACAAGCUCUCUGAUGGCGACCUUACAAUUAUAGGAAGCAAUGGAUUUACUUUGUCGCACGAUCAGCAAGCUUGUAUUGGCAUCGCUAGAGCAGCAUAUUCAGACGCUGACAUCUAUCUUUUGGAUGAUCCUUUAUGUGCAGUAGAACCUAGAGUAGCUGAACAGGUUUUCGCCAAAUGCAUUUGUGGACUACUAUCAAAGCGAGUCCGUAUUCUCGUGAGCCGUCAGUUGCAGUUCGUGGAGCGAGUGGAUCAAAUCCUGACCAUGCGAGCAGGGACCAUAAUAAAUGAAGUGACCUCACAAGUUAUGGGUUACAGAUCUGUUAAGCUCCAUUCGCCAGGAGGAUCAAGAGAACCGGAAAGAAAAAUUCCUGUGAAUAAAACCGUGGAGUUUGUGAUAGAGGAAGAAAUCCAAGAAAAAUACCGAACACGGUCAAACCUGUUUGAAGAAGAAGAAAUGAUGGGGCCUGUUUCCUUAACAGUGUACUGGAAAUAUCUUAGAAACGGCGCUUGUCUUCCUUUCCUGGUUGUUUUUGCUAUUUUUACCUUCUGUGUUCAAGGUAAGUACCCUUUACCAUUAGAAGAUUAACUCUGAUCAAAGUUUUGUAAACAUGCAUAAGAGUCUGUAACAAUGGCAGGCCUCGCAAGUUAUAAUAACUAUUUUAUUCGCAAGGCCCAAGUACAUUGCUAUUGAGGGUAGCGGUUUUGUGUGCGCCAACUUCAAAGUUCCUAGCACUUCUUUUCUCUUCGGAAUAGAAUGGAAGGAAAAUGCGAAAAUAACGCAAGUUAGAUCUAUUUAAGAAUAUUAUAAGCUUUAUUUUACUUUUGUCUAACAGGGGCUAUUCUUGUCCCGGAUAUUUGGUUACUGCGCAUGAGUGAAUUUGCGUCACGUCUGUCCUUGGAUCAAACGAGCUGGUACAUUUAUGCUGCUAUGGUGGGUGGAGUUUUUAUGCUGACAAUUUUACGCGCAUCAUUUUUCUUCGCCACAACUCUUCGCUCCUCUGAACGUCUCCAUCAAAAGAUGAUUGUUUCUGUGCUUCAAGCGCCAAUCGCCUUCUUUGACACACAUCCAACAACAAGUAUUUUGAAUCGCUUCUCUAAAGAUAUCGGUUGUAUGGAUGAGCUUCUUCCGAGUGUGUUCUUAGUCUCGAUUCAGAUGACAUUGUUCGCUAUUUCAGUCUUCUUGCUUCCUGUAAUUCUCAACCCAUGCGUGUUUCUGGUGGGAGGUCCGCUGUUUGUUUUAUUUAUCAUUUUCUGGAGCUACUACCUAAAGACCGCGCGCCAGGUUAGGAAACUGGAGAUUAGUUGCCGCAGACCGGUGGUUGGUCAUUUCUCCGAGACGCUGACUGGACUGGUGACAAUAAGGACGCACAGCAUGCAGAAAGCCUUUACGGAGGGCUUCUAUGGGUUUGUAAAAAUUUUUGUUGUUUCUCUUGCACGGCUCACAGCGCAAGCUAAUCCAGAAGACAGAAAUGUUUUUAACGAAAGAUUUAGAAUUAAAAAUCCUUACCAAGUGAUUUAUUUGAUUUUAACUCAGUUACCAGGACUCUCACAGUCAAGGAUGUUCCACGAACAUUUCUUGCGGGGGCUGGAUCAGGUUCCGCCUCGACAUGGUGUGCGCGGUGUUCGUGAUUGCAGUAACCGCUGGAGCAUUUUACGUCAAGUUAGAUGCAGGUACGUAUCAUUACUGUAGGCUGUGCCUCUAACCUUUAAACUACUUCCAGUUAAAGGCCGAAAGAAACUGGCUCUUUCAAUUUCAUUGGUUUUUCAGCGCUUACAAUUCUAUCGCUGAUCUACGCCCUGCAGCUGUCACUUGACAUGUCACAGAAUGGCAUCAAACGCUGUGCAGAAGUAGAAAACUACAUGAGUGCUGUGGAUCGUAACCUGGCCUGCUCUGAGAUCGAACGGGAGCCUGGGUACGCGAUCGAGAUUCAGCCUCCAAUACCAUGGCCUAAAGAUGGUGGAAUCAGUUUUGAAUGUGUUUCUUUGAGUUACAGCAGAGAAGGAUCAAGAGUUCUGAAAGAUAUCUCCUUCACAGUGCAGCCUGGGGAAAAGUUGGGCAUUGCUGGACGACCGGGUACCGGUAAAUCAUCGAUCGUGAAUGCUCUUUUUCGAAUGCCAGAAUGCGGAGGAAAGGUCACAAUUGAUGGUGUUAGGAUAAACAACCUUGAGCUUCAAGCAAGCAGGCGCGGCAUGUCAAUUAUCACUAAGGAACCAAUUCUCUUCAUGGGUUCACUGCGCAUGAACGUCGAUCCGUUUCUAAACCACAGCGAGAAGGAAGUCUGGGAAGUACUAGAGAAGUGCCACUUAAAGUCCUGGGUCGAGAGUCUUCCAAAACAGUUGUACCAGGACCUCGCGGACUGUAGUGCGACGUUGGGUCCCAGCGAACGACAGCUGAUCUCAUUUGCGCGUGCGCUACUACACAAAAGUAAGAUCGUGAUAAUAGAUGAAGCUACAUCCAGCGUGGAUUAUCGUACUGAUCGUCUUAUCCAGGAAGUGAUCCGUACCUGGUUUAUCGAUUGCACUGUCAACACCAUCCCACAUCGACUGAGCACGAUUAUCGACUAUGACCGCGUCAUGGUCUUGGAGCGAGGAAAGAUUGUCGAGCUGGACAAACCGGAAGUCUUGCUGAAAAGGAACGAUGGUUAUUUUGCCCACUUAUAUGGAAAUCAAUGCCCGUCAUGA